UUUGAGAUUUCCUCUGAAUCCGGUCCGCGGUGUGCGGCGCGUUGCGCGUGAGUUUGCGGUUCUCCUGCUCUCGUUACUGAGCGCGCUGACCUGCAGCUCGGUUCUGAGGGGUUCUGCUGGGUUCUCCCUCAGUGUUCUGCAGUGGGAGUGUGUGUGUGUGUGUGUGUGUGUGUGGAGAGGGUCUGGGAAUGAGCGUAGCGCGACUCGCGCCAUGUAGACGCUCCGCUCUCGCUCCGUGUGCGCCGGAUCUCCACACAGCAUGUUCUGUGCCAAGCUGAAGGAGCUGAAAAUCUCGGCCGAGUGUCCUUUCUCAGUGCUGGUCGGAAAUGAAGAGGCAGAGGAGACAGGAGAGAGAGAGGAGAGAGAGGAGAGCCGAGCUCAGAGCUCAGAACACGUCGCAAACGUCGCGCCGAGACGCAAAACGAGUCGCAAUAAAGUUAAUCUGCAUUCCCUGGGAGAGAGCGUCCGCAAGCUGGUGUGUCCUGAGUUUGAGAAACUGCGAAACGCGAUGUCCAGAGUGAUGAAGCAGCAGUCACACGCCACGUGUCCUGCUCAACACAGCACAGAUGUUUAUCAGCUUCCGGACAAACCUGAACUCUUGCUGGAUGUCAUGAAGAGUUACUCAGUGAAAACAGGAAUUCCCAUGGACUCUCUGAAGCUCGCUCUGGGCGCUGAGGUUUUCCGUGACUGCUAUGAAGAAGAUGGUCAUGUGCUCCGUGUGGUGGGCGGAGCCCUACAUGACUUCCUGAACAGCUUCAACGUCCUCCUGAAGCAGAGCACCCCGCCCACAGCUGACGCACGCCGUCACGUGUGCCAGGCCUCCGUGCUGUGCCUGGACAAAGACCCGGGUCUCCUGACAGUCUACUACUUCAACCCUCACUCCACCACCGAGCUCUUCUUCCCAGGCAUCAUCCAGGCGGCGGCUCACUUCCUGUACGGCAUCAACGUAGACGUCAAGAUGGACUCAGAGCUAAAAGAGGGUGGGGCUCUCCAUGACAACCAUCAACCCCAUCUUCUGUACUCCAUUGCGGUGAGAGAUGCCAGGAGCCUGACGCCCAGCCCCAUGAGAACACACUCGUCCGGUCACAUCCCACUGUCGCUGCUCUACUCCACCUUCCCCUUCCACAUCCUGUUAGAUCAGGACAUGGCGGUGCUGCAGAUGGGAGACGGGCUGAGGAGGCGAUUAGGGCGGGGCAGGGAGGUGCAGAGGAGGCCAGCCUUUGAGGAGCACUUUCUCAUUGUGAUGCCUGAGAUCCAGGCAGACUUCCAGGGCAUCCUCACCAUGCUGAACACACAGUUCAUCCUGAGGGUAAAGCAGCACAGCGCUAGCGCCGGGAAGCACAUGGACCUUAAGGGUCAGAUGAUCUUCAUGUCCGAGUCGAACGCUGUGCUGUUCCUGGGCUCACCAUGUGUGGACCGUCUGGAAGAGCUGACAGGGCGUGGCCUCUAUCUGUCCGACAUCCCGAUCCACAACGCCCUGCGUGAUGUGGUGCUGGUGGGUGAGCAGGCGAAGGCGCAGGACGGCCUGAAGAAGCGUCUGGGGAAAGCGAAAGCAGCUCUGGAACAGGCUCACCAGGCCCUUGAGGAGGAGAAGCGCAAAACCGUCGAGCUGCUCUUCACCAUCUUCCCUGGGAACGUGGCUCAGCGGCUGUGGCAGGGGCUCCCGGUGCAGGCCAAGAAGUUCGACGCUGUCACAGUGCUGUUCUCCGACAUCGUGGGCUUCACUGCUAUCUGCUCCCGCUGCACGCCCAUGCAGGUGGUGGACAUGCUGAGCGCUCUGUACACACGCUUCGACCGGCACUGCGGAGAACUCGAUGUCUACAAGGUGGAGACAAUCGGAGAUGCGUACUGCGUUGCUGGAGGUUUACAUAAGGACAGUCCGACCCACGCUGUACAGAUCGCUCACAUGGCCCUGAAGAUGAUGGAGCUCUCCGAUGAGGUCACGACCCCCAUGGGCGAGGUCAUCAGGAUGCGGAUUGGUGUUCAUUCAGGCUCAGUUCUGGCGGGCGUGGUCGGGGUGAAGAUGCCUCGGUACUGUCUUUUCGGUAACAACGUCACUUUAGCCAACAAGUUUGAGUCCUGCAGCCUCCCGAGGAAAAUCAACAUCAGUCCUACAACCUACAGGUUGCUAAAAGAUUGUCCUGAGUUCACGUUUAUCCCACGCUCCAGAGAAGAACUUCCGCCCAACUUCCCCUUUGACAUUCCGGGUAUUUGUUACUUCCUGGAGGCGGCCAGCGGCAGGACGAGUGACAGCGGAGUGAAUCAUUCCCCUGCCAUGAUGAACAGUGUACAGUAACGUACAGGAUGUGGAGCUGAGCCGGCAGUAGCACGUUAUCCAGCAAUAGGACUGUUUAAAAAGCUGUCGAGAGAUCAGUGCUUACGGAGCCACGGCAAAGUGCGCAGUGUUUAAACCAUGGAUUAGUUAGACUCCAGCACUUUAAUACAGCUCUGUGUUACUGAUCUUCCUCAGAGAUAAUCAUCUGCAGUGUUUAAGUCAAAGCCACGACUUCAGCGUUAGAGAUGAAGUGCAUCAGAACACAAGGAAUGAUUUCAAUACUGUACACAGAGCUGAUGUGAUCACAUUAAUGUAGUAUUUAUUCACUCACACACUGAGAGUCACAGCACAGUGUAAUGAACUCACCGAAUGAUCCACAGUCCUGCCUUCUCACCAGAUCAGUUUUACACCAGCUGAUGUGUUAAUGUCAUUAUCUACUCUCAUGCCAAUCAUUUUAUUCUGGAAAGUUCCUGCCAUCUUUUACCUCCAUGUGUAUCGUGUGACGUCACACUGUAUCACGGCGGCCAUUUUGAGGAGUGAACACAGGACUGACUGCAUCACUGUUAUUAGUCUGUGCUUCAUUAAGGAAGUUUAUUUUCAUUUAUACUCACAGUUCACUGCUGUAAUACACCUCAUUACAUACACACUGCCUCGUCGCUAUGUUAGUUAGCUACACUGUGGGUAAACUGCGCAGUUUCUCUUGGCAGAAAGUAUUAUGAACAUUAGCAAAAGUUAGUUAAUGUGCUGAGACGGACUUCCUUUUCCUAUAAUGACGUUUUUUUCUUCUCCUGAUGAAACACGCUGCGAUCCUUUACCCACCCUGUCUCGACUUCUUUAAAACUCUCCAGAACAGGGAGAGGCGUGUGUGUGUGUGUGUGUGUGUGUGUGUGUGUGAGAGAGAGAGAGAGAGAGAGAAAACACAGUUUUGUUCAGUUUUCUGCCAGUAUAAAUGGAAUCAGCAGUUUGUGGGAAAGUACAGAAGAAUCAUGGUUUAUUUUAAUGACUUUGUUGAUAAAACUCUUAAACUUCAGUACGUUAAAUACAGCAGUAUGAAUGGAAAUGUUAUAAAACAAUGCAUCAUCUGUACUCCUUUAGACCCCAAGAGAAUUCUAUCACUAUUACAGAUCCCAAGAGUUAAAGAGUUUGUGAUCGUUUCUUUAAACAAAUCAGUGAAAAGACAACUACAGUCUGGUUUUAUUGUAAAGUUAAAUGAGGCCUCUUUUUUCAUAAUCACACUAAAAAUGUUCACUGCGUCUGUAAACGCUAUUUCAGAGUUUCUGGUGAAUCAGUGGUGAGUAAGAGUGAUUGGUCAGGUGAAAGUAGGCGGGGCUUGGUCAUGUUUAGUGAUGUAACAGUAAUAUGGCUUUAUGCUGGUGGUGUUGAGGUUUAAUUAUUAGGAGAAACUUCUGGAAUAAAGGAGAAUAGAGAAUGUGUAAUAUUCCUUUCAGUGAAAAAUCUGUGUGUAAAACUGAUCACGUCGGAAUCAGAGGCUAAAAAAACAUUUAUCAUAAUAAAAAUAAUAAUAAUAAUAAUAAUAACGUGUAGUGUGACUUUUUGUAUUGUAAUAGAGCUGUAAUAAAAAUAAUAAAAAAUACUGACA